AUGACGCGUCCCUCUAGUCCCCACCUUGCUCCCUCUUUCUCUGCUCUCUCCUUCUCUCCUCUCCUCUCCUCUCCUCUCAUUCGCACAUUCUCUCACUUCGCUCCGGGUUUGCACAGCUCACCGGUGUCCGGAUCUGCAGCCGUCAGCGGAGCACGCAGCGCCCCCCACUGAGAGCGAGCGAGACAGAUGUCAGCAGGGGGUACCAUCCCGCCAGAGCCUCUGAAUCAAGCCUGUGUGGUCAGCUGGCCUUCAUUGGAGGAGAUGGCCACAUUCUGGAAAGCGGUGUCCACUUUUUAAUUUUUGUCACCCACACCCCCCUCCCCGCUGCCACAUCGUCGAAGGGGUUGCCAUGGAGAAGACGUACUCCCUGACGGCGCACUACGAUGAGUUCCAGGAGGUGAAGCAGGGCGGCAAAUACACUAGCAACACCCUGAGUAAUGGGCUCAGCCUGCAGCUGGGGGGCGGGACCGAAAAAAGUGGGCGUGGCCGGGGAGGGCGGGGCCGUGAUCAGACCGGUGGCCUGCCUCGCUGGAGUCGGCGAGAGGUCUGCCUUCUGUCGGGCCUGGUGUUUGCGGCGGGACUCUGCGUGAUCCUGGGCUGCAUGCUGGCGCUCAAGUACCUGGCACUGGAGCAGGAGGGGCCCUGCAGGCAGGACUGCGAGCAGAGGAAGGUCCUGCUGAAGGCGUCACGCUUCAUCGCCGCCAACACCGACCCCACGAUCGACCCCUGCGUCGACUUCUACUCCUUCGCCUGCGGUGGCUGGCUGCGCCGCCAUGCCAUCCCCGAGGACAAGCUGAGCUACGGCGUCAUUACAGCCAUCGGCGAGCACAAUGAGGAGAAGCUGCAGCGCCUCCUGCUGCUCCCCGUGCGCCGGCGUGGCCCCGACUCCGCCGAGCGCAAGGUCAAGGACUUCUACCGCUCUUGCAUGAACCUGAAGGAGAUCGACCGACUUGGCUCAGCACCCAUGGCCGAGGUCAUCGACGGCUGCGGUGGCUGGGACCUGGCCGGAGUGCCCCCUGGUGGAGCUGGCUGGGAAAGCGGCAACGCACCCCAGAGGCCUGACUUCAAUGAGCUGCUGUAUCGCAUGCAGGGGGUGUAUAGCACCGCUGUCUUCUUCUCCCUCACCGUCAACGUGGACGACAAGAACUCGUCACGCAACGCUAUUCGGAUUGACCAGGAAGGGCUAACAUUACCUGAGAGAACUCUCUACCUGGGCCAGGAUGAAGACAGUGUGAAGAUUCUGGCGGCGUACAAGGCUUUGAUGGAGCGGCUGCUGAGCAUGCUGGGAGCUCACAAUGCCACUCAGAAAUCCCACGAGAUCCUGCAGCUGGAGACGCGCCUCGCCAAUAUAACGAUGUCAGAGUUCGACGAGCAGAGGAAGGACAUCAGCAGCAUGUACAACAGGCUCACGCUGCGGCAGCUUCAGAAGAUCGCUCCCAGUAUCUACUGGAAACGCCUGCUGGACCGGAUAUUCCAUGAGAACUUCUCGGAGGACGAGGAGAUUGUGGUGCUCGCCACUGAAUACAUGCAGAAGGUUUCAGAGAUCAUCAAGACCACAUCAAAAAGGGUCCUCCAUAACUACAUGCUCUGGCGGGUGGUGGUGGCUCUCAGUGAGCACCUGUCCGUGGCGUUCCGUGACACCAUCCACGAGUUCUCGCGGGAGAUCGACGGCACCGAGCGCCAGCUGGACCGGAGCCGGCUCUGCCUCACCCAGGCCAACAAACACUUUGGCAUGGCGCUGGGGGCUCUCUUUGUGCAGGAGCACUUCUCCUCCCACAGCAAAGCCAAGGUCCAGGAGCUGAUGGAGGACAUCAAACAUGUGCUGGACCAGCGGCUGCAGGAGUUGGACUGGAUGGACUCAAAGACCAAGGAGGCAGCCAGGGCCAAGCUGCAGUAUAUGAUGGUGAUGACAGGCUAUCCUGACUUUCUGCUGAAACCAGAGCUCAUUGACCAGGAAUACGGGUUUUAUGUGAACGAGAAGACAUACUUCAGGAAUAUCCUCAACAGUAUCAGGUACAACAUUAAGCUGUCAGUGAAGAAGAUCCACGAGGAGGUGGACAAGACAGCGUGGCUGCUUCCUCCUCAAGCCCUGAAUGCCUAUUAUCUUCCUAACAAGAAUCAAAUGGUUUUCCCAGCUGGAAUACUGCAGCCAACGUUGUACGAUCCAGAGUUUCCACAGUCCUUAAACUAUGGGGGAAUCGGCGCCAUCAUCGGCCAUGAGCUGACACACGGAUAUGACGACUGGGGAGGGCAGUAUGAUCGCUAUGGCAACCUCAAGCAGUGGUGGACCGAGGAGUCGUAUCGGAAGUUCCUGAAGAAAGCGGAGUGCAUCAUCAAGCUCUUUGACAACUUCACAGUCUACAACCAGAGAGUGAACGGACGGCUGACACUGGGAGAGAACAUCGCCGACAUGGGAGGCCUGAAAUUGUCCUACUAUGCAUACCAGAAAUGGGUCAGAGAACAUGGACCAGAGCGCCCUCUCCCUGGACUGAAAUACACCCACGAGCAGCUGCUGUUCAUAGCCUUUGCACAGAACUGGUGCAUGAAAAGGCGAUCUCAGUCAAUCUACCUGCAGCUGCUAACAGACAAACACGCACCUGAACACUACAGGGUGAUUGGUAGCGUAUCUCAGUUCGAUGAGUUUGGCAGAGUCUUUCACUGCCCCAGAGGCUCCCCCAUGCACCCUGUCCAGAAGUGCUCUGUGUGGUGACUUUCGAGCUGAAGUCCCGCCUCCUCCAGCUUGUCUCCGCCCCCUAACUGUUAUUUCCCAGUGUCCACAGCAUGUCCAUGGUGGGAAUUGUGUCUUGUUUGGUAAAUCAGGAAAAAAAAAAAGCUAAAAAAUAUUGUUGUUCUCCAGCAGUAUUUUAUUUACAUCAUUUUAGAUUCAUCCAACUCUGAUUAAAAUGCUAACUACCUUAAAAUUGUAGGCAGGUGGUUUUCAUUUUAACAUAUCUCUCUAGAGUUAAAUACUUUUACACUCAUAAAUAUAUGUUUUUUUUCCAAUAAUUUUGUAGUUUUACAUAAUUAGUAUAUUUUACACAUUUUUCUAGAAUGCACAAGAUAUGUUGUCAUGGAGAUGGCUUCUUGCCAAAAAAAAAACAGAAACUGUAGUACAUCCAGGAUGCAAACAAACCAGGCAGGCCUGGUUGUGAUUGGCCUGGCCCCAGCCCAAGGCACCAUAAACAGCAGUGAUGGCCAAAUGAAGCGUCAUGAACCAUCUGCUGUAUUUUCUGACACCAGUAGAUGGCGCUCUCUAUUCUAAAAAGGGCUCAAUGCAUGGCCCAAAGAAAACUGAGUGUGCCAUCUAGUGGGGUCAAAAAAUACAGAAAAUGGUUCACGAAGCUUCAUUUGGCCAUCACUAGUAGACAGUCAGUAAGGAUCUGGAGCUGUGGCACAGAACUGAACCCAUGUAAUAGAAGCCUGUCCCCCUAGUGAUAAAUGUAUGAACAGCAUGCACGUGCUGGAGGACCCGAUGCAGAAAAGACAGGGAACUGUGGCACUGGGGUCUUGUUUUUGUGACUUGUUUGUUUUGGGGGGUCAAGCACUUCCAGCAGCUUAAGACUGACCCAAAGACACACUGGUGGGCCAUGACAGUCCCAUAUAUGACUGAUGGCUCAUUUUGGUUAGACAGCAAAGGUCAAGAAGAAUUCUCAUGGGACCCGACCUACGCUAAGGCUGGACCCCUGGACCCCGACCCCAGUCCUGCUGGACAAGUUCAUAUUCACCUGUAUUGUACUUGUUUUUCUAUAAAUCUUAAUUUUAUUUCAAUAUCAAUAUAUUUAAUUAUGAAUAGUACAUCAGAUAAAUUAUCUAAUAAAAAAGUCCAUACAUUUAUACACAGAAUAUGAAAAAAAUAUUUAAUUUUGUAUAAAGAAUUACUCAUACAAAAGUGCAGAAAUUGCUUUGUAUUGAUAUAAAUGUAUAAAAUGAUUGUACACCUCUUUCUAAGCAUGUUUCUCUCUGAUGUUUACGCCACAUUUGUUUUAAGAGACCCUGAGAUCGAUGGAGUUCAUUUCCCACGAUUCUCAUUAAUGCUGCAAAUAAUAUGUCCUGUUGUUGUGUCUUUUGGGAAGAAAAUACAGGGGGUCACUGUGUGAGGUAUCAGUCA